AUGGACCGUAAGCAUAAGCGACGCAAUCCCAAGGCGCGCCAAUCCACAGCAGGCUCGAGGAAGAAGGGGAAGUCGCGUCAUAAAAGCAACGGUGUGGUCCCUACAGCCGAUGCACCUGAUCCCAACGCUACGAUCCUCGAAUACAAGUCACUAGAAGAUAAGGAGCGCGACAGAAAAGAGAGGCUCGUAAGAGAGCUUGCAGCAGAGUCGGAAUCCAAGGUAUCGAGACAGAAGCGGAAAAGGCUGGAAAAGUAUGUUGAGAAGAAACUAAGAAAAGAAGAGAGACUCGUGAUUUUUGAGAAGCUAGCUCAGACGCAAGCUCAAACUUCAAGCCUCGAUCUUCAGUCGUCAUCUACUCUUGGAACAGGAGCCACCUCCACAGCUCGGGAACGCCAGGAGAAACUAGAAGACAAGGAUGUACGCCGCGCCAUGGAGGGUCAGCCCAAUAAACGUCGACGGCGCCAUAACGAUUUCACGGUUCAUGAACACGGAGAUAGUGAAGGCGAAUCUGACGCAAUGGAUGGAAUUGACUUUGGUGAAAACGCUGAUCAGACGCCAGUGCAAUAUGAGCACGAGGGUUCAGUGGCGAAGGAAUUUGCGGCGGAUCCUCCUACAACAUCGACAGUCUCGCAGCCAGCCAGUGUAUCCACUUUCGCGGUUGGCGGAGCCCUUAAACGCAAUCCCGAUGGUUCUGUCGUUGCACCCAUAGUCGUGAAUAAAAAAAGUGAAAAGGCUCGAAUGAAGGCCUCCUUCCCGAGCUGGAAAAGAAGGGCACUCCCGACAACGGCUCCGGAAGAGGAAUCAGACACAUCCUUUGACAGUUCUGAUUCGGCCUAUGAUUCUGACGAAGAAAAAGAAGAUGGAGAUGGGGAAAUCUCGGCGGCAGGUUCAGAUGAUGACAGUGAGGCCGGCAAUCCAUAUUCUAAUGGGGAAGAAGAGCGUCCUUUACCUGCCAAGAAACGCCUUGGAUUCAAGGACUGGGCCGUCAAACAGCUAAACCUAGCGAAAGGCCAUGAUACCACUGAACGAACCCCGUCGUCUCUUGAAAUCGAGCAUCCCGCUGCACCCCCGUCCAAAAAACGCAAGUUGAUGUCGUCACAACCGAAUUCAAUGCGCGGUCCCCUGGGUGAAGACUUACAGCUCCCUUCCACCUCUUUUGCGGAAUGUAUGACAAAAACACAAGAGACUUUCUCUACUUUCUCUAAAUCUUCUAGUGUAAAGUCGGUGUCCGUCAUUCGACCCCUUGAUAUUCAGGAGUCCAGGAUGCAGCUACCUAUCAUUGCAGAAGAGCAUCCCAUUAUGGAAGCCAUAAUGCUUAAUCCGGUGGUAAUCAUCUGCGGUGAAACUGGUAGCGGAAAGACUACUCAGAUCCCACAGUUUCUCUACGAAGCUGGGUUUGGUGAUCGUACCGGAGUGAACCCGGGGAUGAUAGGAGUCACGCAGCCACGUCGAGUUGCGGCAAUGUCAAUGGCAUCUCGAGUGGCUCGCGAAUUGUCCUUGACUUCCUCCCGCGUAUCGUACCAGAUCCGAUACGACGCAACUGUGUCCCCUUCAACUACGAUCAAGUUCAUGACCGAUGGCGUGCUUCUGCGUGAACUCGCUACCGAUUUCUUGCUAUCAAAAUAUUCGAUCAUCAUCAUUGACGAAGCACACGAGCGUAGUAUGAACACCGACAUCUUGAUUGGUGUCCUUAGUCGGGUAAUCAAGCUACGCGAACAAAUGUGGAAGGAGGGCACAGAGGGCACGAAACCAUUACGGCUCAUCAUCAUGUCGGCAACCUUACGCGUCAGCGAUUUCGCAGAGAAUCAGGCACUCUUUCCGUCGCCGCCUCCUGUUGUCAAUGUCGAUGCUCGCCAGCACCCCGUAACAGUACACUUCAACCGGCGGACGUCUACUGACUAUGUGCGCGAAGCGGUCAAGAAAGCGGCCAAGAUUCAUGCUCGUCUGCCACCGGGAGGUAUUCUCAUAUUCUUGACUGGGCAAAAUGAAAUUCUGGGCGUCUGCAAAAAGCUCGAGGCACGAUAUGGUAGAAGAGCUCUGGAGGCAAAAAAGAGGAGGAGACAAAAUCCAUCACCAGUGAGGGUCCUUACCCUGUUGCUUCGGUUCAUGGUGAGGAAUUUCAAGCAGUCGUCUCAUGAUUUCAUCUCAAAAGGACUCACAGCCGACAUUGAGGCGGAGGAUAUCGAGUUUGGCGUUCGUGAGCAGGAGUUAGCACUCGACGUAGACGGAGACCCCACAGAGGAAGAUCCUGAAGGCCUGGAUAGUGACGACGACGAUGGCGUCAACGCUGAACUUGGCAUCGAUGCCGAGGAGUGCGAUGUCCCAAUGCAUGUCGUCCCUCUGUAUUCGCUUUUGCCGAGCGAGAAACAAAUGCGAGUUUUCGAUUCACCACCAGCAGGCCAUCGUUUGGUGGUAGUAUCAACAAACGUUGCGGAGACCUCGCUUACCAUCCCAAAUAUACGGUAUGUAAUCGAUUGUGGACGAGCGAAAGAGCGACAUUAUGAUGUCGCAAGCGGUAUCCAAUCCUUUCAGGUGGGUUGGAUCUCCAAGGCCUCUGCCGCGCAGCGAGCUGGUCGCGCGGGUCGUACGGGUCCAGGACAUUGCUACAGACUCUACUCCUCCGCUCUUUAUGAGCAUUAUUUCGAGUCAUUUUCACAGCCUGAAAUCUUGCGCACACCGAUUGAAGGUGUCGUGUUGCAGAUGAAAAGCAUGAACAUUGACGCGGUUGUCAACUUCCCUUUCCCAACUCCUCCAGAUAGGCAGGUGUUGAAAAAGGCUGAGACGGUUCCUUACUCUAUACCUCUCGUAUCGCAAGCGAGGGUGUCCAUGUCAACAAUCGGGGGUCAAGUGACGCCUCUGGGGAAAGCAAUGAGCUUGUUCCCACUCUCCCCUCGCUUCUCUCGAAUGCUCGUUGGGAGUCAACAGCAUGGUUGUCUACCCUAUGUGAUCUCGAUUGUGGCAGCUAUGUCGGUCGGGGACCCUUUCCUUCGUGAAGAGGGGUUAGAUGGUGACAGCGACUCCGAUAGUGACAAUGAAGGACUGGCACACAUUAAAAACGCUUCCAUCAGAGCGAAAGAGGUGAGGAGGACCCGACGGCGGGCAUUCUUUGAGUCUCAGCAGGUCCAUGGAUCGCUGGGUAACUCCAACAGUGACAUCUUCAGACUCCUCUCAGUCGUCGGGGCCUAUGAAUAUUCUGGAGGGGGGCGCCAAUUCUGUAAGGACCACUUUGUAAGGCCUAAGGCCAUGGAAGAAAUACACAAACUGCGAGCCCAACUAAGUAGCAUCGCGCAAGCAAAUUUCCAAAGUGCUGAAGUUGGCUUCAACAAAAAUAUCCGACCUCCCAACGACAUCCAGCUAAAAGCUAUUCGUCAACUGCUCACCGCUGCCUUUAUCGACCAAGUAGCAGUUCGGAAAGAUUUAAUACAAGACAACUCCAGUGGAAGGCAGUUUUCAACUGCUAAAGGCGUCCCUUAUGCGGCGGUGGGAAUUUCUGGGGAUGUUUUCAUCCAUCCGACGUCUGUGCUUGCGGAUCGCCCUCCGCCAGACUAUCUCGUAUUUUCUGAGGUAGUCCAAACAUCACGAACCUGGAUCAAAGGACUAACGGUCGUAAAUCCUGCAUGGCUGUCGAGUCUUGGAAAAGAGAGUAUGUGCACUUUUUCCAAACCUUCGAGAAACAAUGCAGGCGUGAUGAUGUCUAUACCACGGUUUGGGCCAGACCAGUGGGAGCUACCUCCCGUGAACGUGUGA